AAAUUAGGUUUAAAAAAAAAAGAUUAAAUGGGAUUAAUACAAAAGACGUAGCUUAAAUAACAGACAGAAGGAACGUCCCUUGGUCGCCACGCGUCGCAUCGCAAUUGGAGAGAAUCGGUGUCGCUGGCGUUUCCUCUCUCUCCUUCUUCUCUUUCAUUCUUUCGUGUUUUUUUUUUCUCUGGCGAUAUGGCGAUUUUUCUCCUCUCCGGUGGAUCUUCUCAGCGAGACGGUGUAUGUGUGGGUGGGUCCUGUCGACGCUGGAAGACGGUGUCCUGUCUAUCUGUUGCUCUCGUCGGGGUACAAAACAGCGAGAUCUCUCUGUCAUGGUGGCUCUCGGAGACGAUGGAAAACGAUUACUGUUGCUUCGCCGGCGAAUCGGAAGGUAAAGAAGCAUGAUGCAUGUCUUUGAUUGUGUUCCUUCAUCGUUAAUCUGAAGAAGUAGAAUCAAGUUUGAAUAUUUUAAUUAUGCUUGUCUUUCAUUUUGUUUCGUGAUCGGUAUUUAAGAUGUUGAAUCCUUUGAUUUGUGUUGAUUUGUUUCUGUGUUUUUGUCUUGAGAUGUCUGACGAGAAUGAAAUGGAUAGAAGAAGAAGAAGAAGCAUGGUCCAGGUUCGUCGGACAAAACCCCCGCGAUUUCUCAUACAGAAAUGGAUUCUAAUCCAUUCUCGCAACCCUCUAAAUUUCUUGACCUAUUAAAUAGUCAACAAAGCAUCUUCUUUGGCAACAAUGAUGACAGUGUUUCACUGUCUUCAUCACAAUCUCCGUCUGUACACAAUCUUGGAACCGACGAUGGUGGAGAGACUGGUACACAGCGUAAAGAACGGCAGAAGUGGACGCCUAAGGAUGACAUUGUGCUCAUUAGCUCAUGGCUUAACACAAGUAAAGAUCCAGUGGUGAGCAAUGAACAAAGGUCAGACGCUUUCUGGACAAGAGUAGCGGCUUACUUUGCGGCAAGUCGUCAAGAUGGUGGCCGUGACCAGAGAGAAUCUAGGCAUUGCAAGCAACGCUGGCACAGGAUGAAUGAUCUCGUGUGCAAGUUCGCUGGAGCCUACGCCGCUGCAAGCAGGGAGAAGACGAGCGGGCAAAAUGAGAAUGAUGUGCUGAAACAAGCACAUCAGAUAUUCUACACCAAUCACAAGCAGAAAUUCCUCCUUGAACAUGCCUGGAAAGAGCUGAGGAACGACCAGAAGUGGUGUGAUUUAGCGUCUGCUAAAACCGAAGGAAGCUGCAAAAAAAGAAAGUGUGAGGAUGGUGCUGCUUGUUCAAGCUCCCAAGCAACUGAAGUGAAGCGUCCACCGGGUGUUAAAACCGCCAAGGCCAGUGGCAAGAAGACUGUGACUGAGGAGAAUGCGACGAUGGAGUUUCACAGCAUGGUGUCACUAAAAGAAAGGGAUAUCGCCAUGAAGGACCGCAUGUCUAAGAUGAGGCUACUGGAAAGUCUGAUAAACAAACAACAUCCCCUUCUCGCGUACGAAGAAGGCCUGAAGAAGAAGCUGGUUGAUGAGUUGAUGUUGUCUUAAGUUCCAUGGCUCUGUGUUCUUGAAGUUUCAUCUGCUGUUCUCAUUUUAGUUUAAGUUGAUCUUGUUGUGUCUGAAUGCUCUUGAUGUUGUUGUUAUGUUCUCGUUAUUGUUUGAUCUUGUAAUGGUUUUAAAGUUUAAGAAAAAUGUUGUUGUUAUGGUUUAA